AUCUUACUUGGUGCAAGAGCCCAGAUGGCUGCUGGGAACAUAGUCCUUGGGAGGAUGACGUUUCCUAGCCUCCCUUGCAACUUGAAGUACCCAGAGGACCCAGUUCUGGCCAAGCAGGGGUGAUGGUGUAAGCAGAUUAUGGGGUGUACAAUAUCUAAGAAGUGUCUUUUAAAGGAUGGGAUUGGAGGUGAGUGACUUUCCACUGUCCAGUUCUCCUUCUUGCUAUUGGAAAGCAGAUGUGAUGGCUGGCACUCACACAGCCACCUUGUGCCAUGAGGCAGAGGGCCCAUUUGAAGAUCAGAGAAGCAGCAAGAUUAAGCAAGUCCGGGAUACUGAUGAUUGUGAGGGGUGCCCUCCCAGCCUUACAGCCUAUUUAGGCUAGAUGUGUAAUACUGAAAGUACACACUGAUCUUAUUUCAGUCACUGUUAUUGGAAUUUUUUAAGUCACUGUUAUUGGAAUUUUCUGUCAUUAGCAACCAAAUCUAAUUGUAUGGCAUCCCUAGGGCUUAGCAUGUUGCCUGACACUGGAAAUAAGAUUGUUGAACGAAUAAGUGAUGACAAACAGGAUAAGAUUUGGCAAGAGGAGUCUGGACCCUGUGCCAGGUAGCAAGCCUGGGUGGUGGGUGUGGAACAGACAGAUGGCUCCUUGGGGCGUGGAGAUGCCUCCUCCCACAAGGAUGGAGAAGGAGGCUCUGCUACUUCCUAGGAGGGGCGGCAAACUCUUCCUUCACAGAGGAUGUGAUUAGCAAAGAUGACACUCAAAUGCUCCUGUUGGGAUUUUCUUUUACUUUUUUUUUUUUUUUUUGCCACUCCUGCUUGGUGAUAAAUACCUUGGGAGGCUGUUACGAGUUUCAUGCUGGAGUCAGUUUUCUAAGAGCCUGGGGCUGUGAUGAGACUGGUCUUGAAUGAUUGGGGGCAAGAUUCUUCUCUUGGUCAGACCCCUGCGAGGUGCUGGGCCUGUUCCAGAACUUUCCUAGCACACAUUCCUCUGUGACACUGCCCCCCACAUGGGUGACAUGGGGGCAUGCCCCCCCCCCCCUCGCCUGCGCUCUGGCACUCUGUGGCCUCAGAGGCUCCCACAUCAACGCUUUGGAAAAUGUGCCCAGAGGAGGUGUCACUGCUCAACAUCACCCAGCAACACAGGUGUAGGUGUGGUGAUAGAAUAGACUAGGCUCUGUGGGGACACUGAGUGAACACUACGCCCCUGUGCGUGUCUGAGGUCAGUUUUAGUGGGCGCUGCACAGAGGGACCUCCGGAAGCGGGGCACAGAGGGAGGAUGUGACGCACAGACAGGUAUCUUGUGGGGGCUGCGGCAGCUUCCUCCCUCCGUUCUUUCUCUGGGGGUCUCUUAGAUGUUCCAACCUCCCUCCUGGUUCUCCCAGGGGGAGGUCCUGAUGGAGGGGCCCGCGCUACUGCUUCUGGGUGGUGGGGUGGGGCGCUAGAGGGCUUGCCCCAGAUAAAGAGGAAGCAGCAGGUACUCAGCACUGGCUCUGGGCUGGCCCUGCUGGCAACAGACCAGGGUCCCCCAAACUCUGGGAUCUAACGCCUGACGAUCUGAGGUGGAGCUCAUGUAAUAAUCAUGGAAAUAAAGUGCACAAUAAAUGCAACGCCCCAAACCAUCCCCCUCUCUCCCCCAAAAUUGUCUUCCACGGGUCACUGGUGCCAAAACAGCUUGGGACACCGCUAGACUACCCUGUUGGGAGGUGGGGGGCUGGGUCGGCAGGAAGCACACUUUGCAGGCGGUCGUCCUGGAGGAGGUGUGGUCCCGUUUCCCCUCCUUCCCUCCACUCCCCAACCCAGCACGGGGCGUGGCCCCGCACCCUCAGCUCCACAGCCGGGCGCUCUAGAGACCCGUCCCCAUAAGGCCCUCCGCGGAAAGGCUUUGGUCUGCGCGCCCGCAGGAAGGUGCAGCCCUGCGUCCUCUGAGAAGAUGUCUUAUGGAUCCAUCGCAGGCAGUGGUGGCCUGGGGAGCCGCGGCCCUUUCGGCGGGCCCUCCCGGCAAGGCUAUCAGCCCCUAGAGUGCGCAAAGUGUUGGACCGAGUAUGGAAUCCGCCAUUUCCCCUGCCCAUCGCCAGAGAGCAGCCUGCAGGACCCCUGUGUGGGUGAGGACGGGGACGGUGACCUGGGGCCCGCUGGUACUCCCAGAGGCCUGAGGGCCAGGAAGCGAGGGCCAGGGGUCGCGCCCGACGGCAGUGGGACGCCAGAGCCCACCUCGCUGCCUACUGGCCCGCGGAAGGAGCCGGCUGCGAGGGCCCGUGGCCACGUGGCCAGCACCACCCGGGCCAAGAAGAGGAAGCCCAACUUCUGCCCGCAGGAGACGGAGGUGCUGGUGGCCAAGGUCAGCAAGCACCACCAGCUGCUGUUCGGCACCGGGCUGCCGCGGGCUGAGCCCGCCCGCAGGUACCGCGUGUGGAGCCGCAUCCUGCAGGCGGUGAACGCGUUGGGCUACUGCCGCCGCGACCUCGUGGACCUCAAACACAAGUGGCGGGACCUGCGGGCCGUGGUGCGGCGCAAGCUGGGCGAGCUGCCGGGGGCGGCCGCCUGGCCCCGUGCCACCCCGUGUCAGGCCCUGGCCCUCACGCCGCUGGAGCAGGCCGUGGCCAAGACCUUCUCCUGCCAGGCCCCGCCCUCCGAGGGCCUCGGCCCCGAGCCGUGCAGAGCCACCCAGAUGGACCCAAGUGACCUCCAGGAGCUGUUUCAAGAGGCGUCGGCCAACAUCGUCCAAAUCAGCUCCAGCGUGACCUCCUUGGAGCAGAGCCUCCGGUCCUUGGGGACGCCGGGUGACACGCAGGAGCUGCGGGACAGCCUGCACACACUGCAGCAGGACACCAACCGCACGAUCGCGGCCAGCGCCAGCACCUUGAAGCAGACGGCCGAGCUCCUGCGGGGCUGCCCCCAGCAGGAGCGUCUUCAGCUAGACCGCCUGAAAACUCAGCUGUCAGAUGCCGUCCAGCGCUAUGGAGUGGUGCAGAAGAAAAUUGCAGAGAAGUCCAGAGCGCUGCUUCCCACUGCGCAGAGGGGUGGCAAGCAGCAGAGCCCCCAGGCCGCCUUUGCUGAGCUGGCUGACGAUAAGAUCUUCAAUGGGGGCGAUGGUGUGUGGCCGGGCCACGAGCAGGCGCUGCUUCCUGAGAUCACCGAGGAGGACCUGGAGGCCAUCCGGCUGCGCGAGGAGGCCAUCCUGCAGAUUGAGAGCGACCUGUUAGAUGUGAACCAGAUCAUCAAGGACUUGGUCUGCAUGGUUUCGGAGCAAGGAGAAGCCAUUGAUAGUAUUGAAGCCGGCCUAGAGGCUGCGUCCUCGCACACAGAGGUGGCCAGUGAGCUCCUCGCUGGAGCCAGCCGGCACCAACUCCGGAGACGCAAGGUCAAGUGCUUCCUCCUGGCGGCUGGUGUCACUGUCCUGCUGGUCAUCGUCCUCAUUGUUGCCACCUCUGUCCGAAAGUGACGCCGCCUGGGCCGCUGAUGUCGCCUGGCCUGCAUGGACCCGCAGAGCUUCGCACCUGCCUGCCGCCUGCCGUGUGCCGACCCCCAGCCUCUGUGCCGGCCCCUGGCUAAGCCGCCCAAUAAACUGCCAUCAGAGCCAGCCACAGG